AUGUCUACGGCAACAACAACAACAACAACGAAUAACGGUGUUGGCAGUGGGAGUGGGAGUGUUAGCACCGGUGUUGUUAUUCCAACGCAUGAAAUCGGAGUUACCAGUAGACGUGCCGCCCUAACAAUGAAACGUAAACAGGAGCAAGAACGUGAAUCGAAACAGAACAUCCAAAAAGAGAAAGGAAAAAAUAAGGAGAACGAACAUUUCUAUGUGUUAGAUGAAAAGAGUGAUGAAGUUAAUUCUGCUGGUUUGGUGAACAAUGACUUUUGUUACUCAUGUAGAGAUGGAGGUGAUUUGUUAUGCUGUGAAAACUGUGAGCUUUCUUUUCAUCUACUUUGUUUGAAUCCACCCAAUCCCGAAGUACCCGAUGGUGAUUGGUACUGUACGAGAUGUACCAAUAAGAUCUGUACGAAUGCAUCACAUACCUAUUGUUUGGAACCACCAUUGAUCGAUGUUCCUCUUCGGUGGGGAUGCCAUCUACAUCCACUACAUCCAGAUUCUAGUUCCGAACGGAAUUCACCUAUUGCCUAUCAUAGACAAAAUGGAAGUAAUAACAACUACAGCAAUAAUAAUAAUACCGAUAAAUAUAAACAACAACAAUUACAACAGAAUUAUAACCGAAGAAAUAUAUCAUCUCCAUUUCUAAGUGAUAAAUUCACCUUGGAUUUCACACCGUCCGGCACGAAAAAGAUAACCUUUCAAAACAGAUAUAAACCAACUUAUAAAGAUCCAUUCUACGAGAAUAUCUAUGGAAAUAAUCUUUCAAUGAAAGAUUAUUACGAUCAUCAGCUCUUGGAAGAUCUAUUUGGUAAAGACAACAAUCAAUUACUCACUGAACAGAGAAGACUUUCCGUUGCUUCAAUGCCAUCGGAAUUCGGAUUGUUUCCAACAGAUUUAGCAACAAAUCCAAUCGAUAAUUGCAACUCAUUUGUACUUUCUUCAUUGUCACCUUUGUUCACACAGUUUCUGGCGUGGCAGCGUUUGAUGCAGAUCAACGGUCAGAUCUUUCAGAUACGUUCUGAACAUCUUCAAGCGUUGAACACUAGCGAAUUGCAACAUAGACAAAAGGAAAUCGAUAGACAACUAGAGAUGCGUGAGAGACUGCAGAGCAUGCAACAAGAACGAGAAAAUGCUAGGAACACACAACAACAACAACAAUAUCAACAAAUGAUGGAACAUCAACAACAACAACAAACAACUAGAUUAAAUGGAGAUGCUCAAAGUGAAAACAAUAGAAAUGUAAAGAGAAAGAAGACGACACCGAGCAAAACAAAUACAUCUCCACCAACUAUUACAAGUAGUAGUACACCUUCAUCUAUGUCACCGCUAUCGGCAUCACCACCAUCUAUAGUAUCAUCACCUAUUGUCAUUCAUGAUGAUAAUAGUAAUAAUAAUAGUAGUGUUGGUGAUAACAAUGAUAUAAUAGAUAUUACAACGACAACGACAACCACAACAACACCAAAAGCAGCAAUAAAUAAUAAUGUAAAAGAAACAACUUCACACGAACCACAACAACAACAACAUAGUCAACAACAAAAUAUACGAUCAGCUAUUCAAGAGAGUCCAGGAAAACUUAACCUUAAACUUAAAAUACCUUCACCUUCGAAAUCACCUUUACUUUCAGCAACAAAGACCAACAGUAAUCCAAUCUCACCGAUUUCAACAGUAAAUACUCAAACACCUAUACCAACACCGACCAUACAACACGUCAAUAAUAUAUCAGAAGUACAGAGUACUUCUGGCAAUAGCAAUACAAACAACAAGAAAGAAAAUAUCGUAAUAUCAGAUGUACCUUCAGUAACAUAUCCAAACCCAAUUGCAGAGAUAACAAUCAAAGAAACCAAUCAAGUAAUCAAGAUUUCAAAGAGUAAUACAGUUCUUGGAAGAUUAACAAAGAAACACGAGGAAAUCGAUAUUAAUUUACCAUCAAAGGUAGUUUCAAGAUACCAUUGUUGUAUUAGUUUUGUUGAAGGUUCCAAGAGUUUCAAGUUGACCAAUAUCGGUAGAAACAAAUUCUACAUCAUCAACGGCAAAAAAGUAAAUGUAGUCUCACCUUACAGAAUUAAAGAUAACGACGUAAUCAUCAUUGUGAUCAUAAAAUAUUCAAUAUAA